AUGUCUGGAUUUCAGCUGAAUAUCACGCCGUUGAAGCCGUCUGCGGCUGCCAGAGAGGUACUGGAGUCGACAAAGACGUGGAAACAAGGCAAAUCGUUCCACAAGAACACCGUUAAGACUUAUUCCCGCCCCAAAGGGCCGAACGAUAGUGCGGCCUGGUACUGCAGAGUUAGCGAGCAUACUACGGAGGACGCCACUUUUGACGAGUUCUGGGAUAAGCUUGGCCACGAUAAAGCCCAGAAUGAGAAGGAAUUCAUCGAAGACAUCAAGAAGGUCACCCUCGUCAAGCGCAUCUCGGACACCCAGGCUAUAUGGAGCAUGUUCUACAACUUUCCGCCCCCGAUUUCUCCCCGCGUCUUCACGGUAUUGCAGACUGUGCACCUCGACCAGUCAUCACCGCGUACAGGGCUCAUCGUCUCCAUCCCGAUGGAUUUAAGUGGGGAUCCCGAGCUGUGUCAAUUACAGGAGAAAGGUGUAAUGGGCCGCUAUGUCAGCGUUGAGCGUAUUCAAGAACUCGGGGACGGCAAGGUCGAAUGGCGCAUGGCCACCUCGAGUACCCCUGGUGGACGAAUUCCUCAAUUCGUAGCAGACAGGAGCAUGGCGGGUAAAAUCUCAGACGACGUCCCGCAUUUCUUACACUGGUUCCACAGUGUCCGAUCUCCUAGCAAAACUGAGGCAGCUCCUUCGUCAGAGUCUGCCAGCAUCCCCGCCCCUGCUGCUACCCAGGGCUAGAUUCCCCUGGAUCGGGAACAUGGCCAAGAUUCCAUUGUACUCUUAGAAUAACUGAUACCUCUCACUGGAUAUGCUUAGGGACCAUCUAUACCGGAAUAUUGUUGUACACAGAGAAUGGGAUCAUCGAGACUAUUUUCUGGGCUAUGCCAACUCGAAAUACCGUUCAACUUCCCAGUCUGUUACAGCCUCUUUCCAGAGUUUCACUUCAUGCUUUCUCGUUCCUCCGAAGUGCUCUACAAAGUCGUUCCCGAAGACCGCUUCUUCCCGCGCGAUGCUCUCGGUUCGCAUCAUCCUCUCGGUAGAGGAUUCUAGCGACAACGGCAGCAUUUUGACCUUGCCUGUAGCCUUAUCCUCCGGCUUCAUGUGGCCGAUGGGAGGACAUGGCAGACUCAAUUUCUUCUCGAUCCCCCUCAAACCAAGUGAGAAGAUCGCGCUCAGCGCGAAGUAAGGAUUCAUGUCCGCGCCGGGCACACGGACUUCGAACCGAGUUGCAGCUGGCGGUACUCCUGGAGGGGAGAUG